UCUAUGCUCAGACCCCACCACCCCACAAUGGAAAGAUUUUCUGCUACAGAUGGCACUGUCAUCUAUAUCUCUUAUUGUCCAUCAAUAUCAAAUAUUCUCUGAUUUCCAAAUAUAAUUAUUAGCAAAAAUGUCGGCGUGGAGACAAGCAGGAUUAAAUUACAUUAACUACUCUCAGAUCGCAGCGAGGUUAGUCAGACAAGCUUUGAAAGCUGACUUGAGAGUAGAGGCUGCCAAACGUGAUGAAGUCAAUGUAAAGUUUACUCAAUGGAAAGAUGGAAAACCCAUCACUGAAAAGUUAUAAUCACAAUGAUCAAAACUGCCUAGAUGUGACGAUAUUACAGAUGGAUACAGAAUUCAUCCAGUACAUAGCUACAAAUUAUAUAUAAUAAUUUCUGUUUCCGUAUAAAGUAAAACCAUUCUUUACACUGUUA